CCUGUACUAUGAUAUGAGCAUUUGGAACGCCAUUGUGGACGCUAUUGUAAUGAAAAUAUUCCGUGGAGUGGAACCAACUGAGAGCGCCCUCAAGAACUUCAAAAAGAACUUCAAUGUCUUGAAUGACUUCAUUGGAAACAACAAAUAUGUUGCGGGAAAUGAGUUGACAAUCGCCGACCUCUCAUAUUUAGCUACCAUUUCAACCCUUGCUAUCAAUGACUACAAAGAUUUGGAUGAAUUCCCAAAUGUGAAGAACUGGUUCUUCAGAGUGCAGAAGGAAUUGCCGUAUUUUGAUGACGUGAACGGAAAAGUACCCGAACUCUGGAAACAACACUCCUCUGCUAACAAGUAAUUCAUCGAUGGAUACAACAAAUAAGACUACAAUUUAUUAAUAA